AUGAUGUUCCCAAGCCUCAUAGCUCCUCCGGCUGUCUACCCCAACCUGCUGCGGCCGACUCCUACCCUGACUUUGCCUCAGUCGCUGCAGUCAGCUUUUUCCAGCCAUUCCAGCUUCCUAGUGGAAGAUCUGAUCCGCAUCAGCAGGCCCGCCAGCUACCUGCCCAGGACUGCCCCUCCGCCCAGCAUGUCCCCGCCGAGCUCGGCGGCCAGGACGGACGCGGGCACGCCGGAGCUCUCCAGCUCCACCCCCGCGGGCGCCAGGAGGAUCUGUUCGCCGCAGACUUCCGUCCCUUCCAGCGGCGACUCCACUUUCCUCAAGUUUGGGGUCAACGCCAUCCUGUCGUCCGCCCCCCGAGCCGAAACUUCCCCUGCGUUGCUUCAGAGCGUCCCUCCAAAGACUUUCUCCUUUCCAUACUUUGAAGGAUCCUUCCAGCCUUUUAUCAGAUCUUCCUAUUUUCCAGCUGCCUCCUCUGUGGUGCCCAUCCCAGGCACCUUCUCAUGGCCACUGGCAGCCCGUGGCAAACCCCGCCGUGGCAUGCUGCGUCGCGCCGUCUUCUCCGACGUGCAGCGCAAAGCACUGGAGAAGAUGUUCCAGAAGCAGAAGUACAUCAGCAAGCCCGACAGGAAAAAGCUGGCAGCCAAACUGGGCCUCAAAGACUCACAGGUAAAGAUCUGGUUCCAGAACAGAAGGAUGAAGUGGAGGAACUCCAAAGAAAGAGAGCUCCUCUCUUCUGGUGGCUGCAGAGAACAAACCUUACCCACCAAAUUCAACCCUCAUCCAGACCUCAGUGAUGUAGGCAAGAAGUGUUCAGGAGAGGAAGAGGAGGAAGUUCCCCCCACCUGCCCACCCAGCCCCCGGCAUCCCUUAAGCUACCACCAGUCCCCAGAGCAGCGACACUUGAGGGACAGACUGGACUCCCAGAGGUCUCCUUCUCCAUCCCAUUCUAGCAGUCCCAGCAAACCUUCAGACUUCUCGGACUCAGAGGAAGAGGAUGAUGAUGGGGAAGAGGAAGAGGAGGAGAUAACAGUCUCUUAG